AUGAAUCUACACCAACUUUCUCGGUCAUUUAAACUCGGGUACGAAAAUUCCAUUCAGUGGCAUCAAUCGGGUUCGAAAAUUCCAUCCAGUGGCAUCAUUGGGGCUCGAAAAUUCCAUCCAGUGGCAUCAGUCGGGUCCGAAAAUUCCAUCCAGUGGCAUCAGUCGGGUUCGAAAAUUCCAUCCAGUGGCAUCAGUCGUGUUCGAAAAUUCCAUCCAGUGGCAUCACUGGGGCUCGAAAAUUCCAUCCAGUGGCAUCAGUCGGGUCCAAAAAUUCCAUCCAGUGGCAUCAGUCGGGUUCGAAAAUUCCAUCCAGUGGCAUCAGUCGGGUCCAAAAAUUCCAUCCAGUGGCAUCAGUCGGGUUCGAAAAUUCCAUUCAGUGGCAUCAGUCGGGUUCGAAAAUUCCAUCCAGUGGCAUCAGUCGGGUUCGAAAAUUCCAUCCAGUGGCAUCAGUCGGGUUCGACAAUUCCAUCCAGUGGCAUCAGUCGGGUACGAAAAUUCCAUCCAGUGGCAUCAGUCCGGUUCGAAAAUUCCAUCCAGUGGCAUCAGUCGGGUCCGAAAAUUCCAUCCAGUGGCAUCAGUCGGGUUCGAAAAUUCCAUCCAGUGGCAUCAGACCGGUUCGAAAAUUUCAUCCAGUGGCAUCAGUUCGGUUCGAAAAUUCCAUUCAGUGGCAUCAGUCGGGUUCGAAAAUUCCAUCCAGUGGCAUCAGUCGGGUUCGAAAAUUCCAUCCAGUGGCAUCAGUCGGGUUCGAAAAUUCCAUCCAGUUGCAUCAGUCGGGUUCGAAAAUUCCAUCCAGUUGCAUCAGCCGGGUUCGAAAAUUCCAUCCAGUGGCAUCAGUCGGGUUCGAAAAUUCCAUCCAGUGGCAUCAGUCGGGUCCGAAAAUUCCAUCCACUGGCAUCAGUCGGGUGCGAAAAUUCCAUCCAGUGGCAUCAGUCGUGUUCGAAAAUUCCAUCCAGUGGCAUCAGUCCGGUUCGAAAAUUCCAUCCAGUGGCAUCAGUCGGGUUCGAAAAUUCCAUCCAGUGGCAUCAGUCGUGUUCGAAAAUUUCAUCCAGUUGCAUCAUUAGGGUUCGAAAAUUCCAUCCAGUGGCAUCAUUCCGGUUCGAAAAUUCCAUCCAGUGGCAUCAGUCGGGUUCGAAAAUUCCAUCCAGUGGCAUCAGUCGGGUUCGAAAAUUCCAUCCAGUGGCAUCAGUCGGGUUCGAAAAUUCCAUCCAGUGGCAUCACUGGGGCUCGAAAAUUCCAUCCAGUGGCAUCUGUCGGGUUCGAAAAUUCCAUCCAGUUGCAUCAUUAGGGUUUGAAAAUUCCAUCCAGUGGCAUCACUGGGGCUUGAAAAUUCCAUCCAGUGGCAUCAGUCGGGUUCGAAAAUUCCAUCCAGUGGCAUCAGUCCGGUUUGUAAAAUUCCAUCCAGUGGCAUCAGUCCGGUUCGAAAAUUCCAUCCAGUGGCAUCAGUCGGGUUCGAAAAUUCCAUCCAGUGGCAUCAGUCGGGUUCGAAAAUUCCAUCCAGUGGCAUCAGUCGGAUCCGAAAAUUCCAUUCAGUGGCAUCAAUUCGGUUCGAAAAUUCCAUCCAGUGGCAUCAGUCGGGUUCGAAAAUUCCAUCCAGUGGCAUCAGUCGGACUCGAAAAUUCCAUCCAGUGGCAUCAGUCGGGUUCGAAAAUUCCAUCCAGUGGCAUCAGUCGGAUCCGAAAAUUCCAUCCAGUGGCAUCAGUUCGGUUCGAAAAUUCCAUCCAGUGGCAUCAGUCGGGUUCUGCACGAAGGAAGAUAUUUCAAGACCCAAAGCUCAGCAGGAAAGAUGAAGCUUUUACUUUUUAG